CUCUGUGCAGCUCUCGUUUUACACUGGGCCCUUUCGUCCAGACUACUCGGACUGACCUACAAUCUCCUCUUACGUUCUUGUGUGACUUUCGUUGGCAAAUCACACCAGUAACUUUCCUUUUGUCCGUUCUCACGAGGAGACGCAAAGCAAUGACACGACUCAUCCGCCUCAUCGGCUGGCUCCUAGCUGCCAUGGCAGCCGCCGCAGCGCCGGUCGUCGAACGCCGCGCAGUCAUCAAUCACGACGCAGUCGUCGGCUUCCCAGAGACCGUCCCGGCCGGGGCUAUCAGCCAGCUGUAUCUCAAAUUCAAGCCCUGGCUCCGUGUCUAUACAGGCUGCGUGGCAUUCCCUGCCGUCAACGCCAGAGGAGAUACCAGCGGCGGGCUGGCACCAACGGGCUCCCAUAACAGCGGCUGCUCGUCUUCGCGGGGCCAGGUAUAUGCUCGUCAGGGAACGCACGGCGGACGGCGGGCCAUCAUGUACGCGUGGUACAUGCCUAAGGACUCGCCGUCGACCGGACUGGGUCACCGACACGACUGGGAGAGUGCCGUGGUCUGGCUCGAUGGGACAUCGACAGAUGCCACCGUCCUGGGCGUGGCGGCAUCGGCCCACGGGAGCUUCAACACGCGGGCCGCGAGAGAUGUCAGCUUCUCGGGCACCCGGCCACGGCUGGGGUAUCGCAGCCACUGGCCUACCAACCACCAGAUGGUCUUCACGGGCGACCAGGGCGGGGAGCAGCCCUUGAUUGCGUACGAGGAGUUGACGGAAGGGGCGAGACGCGCUCUGGACGAGACGGAUUUCGGGUCGGCCAAUGUGCCUUUUAACCAGUGGAAUUUUGCUAACAAUCUGGCGAAGGCUGCUCUCUAAGGGAGACGCCGACAAGUGGUUUAACCCGGAGGAUUAGGACAGGAAUAGGGAAGAGAAGACGUAGUACCGUGAUCCCUCUUCGUACAAAGGCCCAGGGGAACAUUUCGUACCUCGUUGAACGCCGGUGGGAAGAAAGUAAAUAUUUGUAUUACCUAAUUACGGAG